AUGGUACGAGCCACUGUAGUAAAAAAUUACUUCCUGAAACUGAUGGGGUUGACGAUUUUGGUUUUACGUAGCGCAACGUUAACGUGACUGCUCACCGAAGUCACCGGAGUCAUGAGUGCUGAGGAGCCCAAUCCUGCCGCCACACCCACUCCCUGUGCGGACGUCCAGGGAGAUGGACGAUGGAUUUCUCUGCACAACCGCUUUGUGUCUGACAGCAAAGACAAAGAACCAGAAGUCCUGUUUGUGGGAGAUUCUCUUGUUCAGCUCAUGCACGAGUUUGGGGUAUGGAGGCAGCUCUUCUCUCCCCUUCAUGCCCUUAACUUUGGGGUGGGAGGUGAUGCAACACAACACGUGCUCUGGCGACUGACCAACGGUGAACUGGAUAACAUCAGCCCAAAGGUCGUCGUGCUGUGGGUUGGCACCAACAAUCACGGGCACACGCCUGAGCAGAUCUGUGGAGGCAUCAUGGCUAUCGUACAAGUCGUCAAGAACAAGCUCCCACACGCCCGCACACUUGUCCUCGGAUUACUGCCCAGAGGUAAAUUGUCAAACCCUCUGCGAGAGCGAAAUGAGAGGGUGAACGUGCUGGUGCAGGAAGCCGUGUCCUCCCUCCCCCACGCCUCUUUCCUUGACGUGAACCCUGGCUUCGUCCACUCCAACGGCAGCAUAUCCCAUCAGGACAUGUACGACUACCUUCAUCUGACCCCCAAGGGCUACGAGGCGGUGUGUGAACCCCUGCACGCUCACCUCACAUCCAUGCUAGAUAAACGUGCCGAGAACUGAGUGACCGCUUCACGAGCUCACACUACCGCAGUGGUCAUCGACCCCGUUCCCGGCAACACUCGCUGUUUUAAGACCUCGAUUGAUGGAUACACUCAAUUAUCAAGUGCUAAGAGCUGCGUUAACUAUCUGUGCAUGGCCAGGGUUGGUGACCACUGUAAUAGGUAGAGUCAUCAUGAAGUCUUUGGUGUUUAUGUUAUGUUACUGUCAGUGAUUGUUCAAGAGAGAUAAAGUCCUGCUUCUGUUCCUUAUAAAUAUCUGUUCCCAGCUUUUUUGGCUCCUAAAACUGUGCACCUGAAGGAAUGAUAUGAAUAAUAACGUUUCAAAGAAAGGUGCAGAAAUCUUUUCCUUUAUCAAAGGCAUUAGUGACUGCAUGUUUCUGACACCUUCAUUUACAAAUGUUUGUUUUGUGCGAGUGUGUGUGUGUGUGUGUGUGUGUGUGUGUUCUCCCUGCAGCUCUCAUGAGUCUAAACUUAAACUGCUUUGUUUAACUUAGAUUAUGGACUUAUACAUAUACUUAUACAUGCUUUUAGAGGGGAAAAAACCUCUAUACUGUCCAAAUGAGGCUACUGGAACAGGAUUUAUCUGGAAAAUGUGAGACCGUGCCAGAACAUGUCCAGUUUAAAAAAAAAAAAAUGCCCUGACAAACAAAUAACACAUCGUUUUGGAUUCUGGGUUUCAUGAAGUUUCUGUUUAUUUGUCCAUAGCUCUGUUGUGAUGCCUUAUGUCCUUUUUUUUGUACAUGUUCAUUUAAGUUACCAAAUGUUUUUCAUCAAAUUAUUACUGCCUACCUGCGUAUUAUAUCUCUUUUUUUUUUUUUUGCUUCACCUAUUGUAAUAUCAACAGACAUUUAUGUGAGCGCUUGAGUUUAUGGAUGUAUCAGAGUCCGUUUGGGAAGCUGCUUGUGUUUCAUGUGCGGUCUUUUCUGUUUACAUAUUGGCCCUUAAAGGAAACUUAAAGGCUUGACUUCACACUAAAAUAUGCUUCUGAAUUGUGCUUGUGGGUGGCUGAUUGUGUAAGUGAUGGAAAGAUGAAUUAAACAUGAAGAGAAAAUAA